CACAUUUGGGCGCCAGUUGGGGAAGCUAAACACAGAUCAGAACCAGAAUCAGUAAUUGAUCCAUUAGUAUGAAUGGUUAUUGUUCGGAUGGGGCGAACAUGAAGCUCAGCUGCUAGAAUUCGAACCGCUCUGCUGGUUCUUCCCGCCUGGUUCCGGAACUUUACCCGGCACCGCCACAAUGAGUUCCAGGGUGUGUCGGACCUGUGGGGGGUCUGACAUCGAUGUGGACCAGGCCCGGGGCAGCGCAGUGUGCACGGGCUGCGGCUCGGUUCUGGAGGACAACAUCAUUGUAUCAGAGGUCCAGUUCGUGGAGGGAAGUGGAGGCGUGUCGUCCGCUGUGGGACAGUUUGUCUCCGCUGAUGGUCCAGUCAAAGCUCCACUCCUCGGUUCUGGUUUCCACACCGGAGUCGGAAAGGAGUCCAGAGCCCAGACGCUGCAGAACGGUAAGCGUCAGAUCCAGCAGCUGGGCAGCCAGCUGCAGCUCAACCAGCACUGCCUGGACACGGCCUUCAACUUCUUCAAGCUGGUCGUCAGCAAACACCUGACCAGAGGCCGGCGGACGGAGCACGUCAUCGCCGCCUGCCUCUACCUGGUGUGCCGCACCGAAGGCACGCCCCACAUGCUACUGGACCUGAGCGACCUGCUGCAGGUGAACGUCUACAUCCUGGGGAAGACCUUCCUGCUGCUGGCCCGGGAGCUGUGCAUCAACGCGCCCGCCAUCGACCCCUGCCUGUACAUCCCUCGCUUCGCUCACAUGCUGGAGUUUGGAGACAAGAACCACGAGGUAUCCAUGACGGCGCUCCGCCUGGUGCAGAGGAUGAAGAGGGACUGGAUGCACACGGGUCGCCGCCCGUCUGGGCUCUGUGGAGCAGCUCUCCUGGUAGCGGCUCGGAUGCACAAGUUUCGGCGCUCGGUGAAGGACGUGAUCGGAGUGGUGAAGGUGUGCCAGACCACUCUGAGGAAGAGGCUAACGGAGUUUGAGGACACGCCCACCAGUCAGCUGACCAUCGAUGAGUUCAUGCGGGUGGAUCUGGAGCAGGAAUGUGAUCCGCCGUCCUUCACUGCCGGCCAGCACAAAGUCAAGAUGCAGCAGCUGGAGCAGGAGCUGGCCCGGAAGCUGGACGAGGUCGAAGGAGAAAUCAGCUGCUACAAGGAGGAGAUCGAGACGGAGCUGGAAAAGAGCCGGCCCAAACUCAGGGGGAUCUACGCCGCCUACGCCAAGGAAAUGGGUCCGUCCAGAACCACAGCAGAUCCGGAGGAUGAGGACGUCCUGUCCUCUCCGGCUGACCCAGAGGACAAGGAGGGGGACGACGCCGCCCUGCAGGCCGCCGCCCAGCGGCUGACGCAGGACUUCCUGCGUCAGGUGAUCCAGGAGGAGGAGGGGGGCGGGGCGCCACAGGAAGCAGAAACGGAGGGAGCCGGGCGACCCACCCAGGGCGCCCCUCUGGCCUCCAUCCUGGGAAACGCCAGCCUGGGCCUCCAGGAGAGCUUUCACACCUUCGAUCCACCGGAACCGGACCAGAACCCAGAAGGGGAUCCGUCUCCGAGCGGAGAGCUGGACCUGGAAGGAAUCGACGAUCAGGAGAUCGAUAAGUACAUCCUGAACGAGAAGGAGGUGGAGGUGAAGACGGAGCUUUGGACCAAGCAGAACGCAGACUACCUGAAGGAGCAGAAAGAGAAAGAAGAGAGGAUCACCAAGGAGAAGGAACAGGGCACCUACAAGGAGAAGAAGAAGAAAUACAAGAAGCGUGAGCAGAUCGAGGCGGCCACGGCGGGCGAGGCCAUCGAGAAGAUGCUGGAGAGGAAGAAGAUCUCCAGUAAGAUCAACUACGACGUCCUGAGAGACCUGAACCAGCCGGCAGGAAGUCCCGCCUCCGAGCCCCCAGGGGGCGCCGCCGUCGUCCCGCGCAAACGCCUGAGCCGCCGCCGCAGGAAGGCCGGGAACGCCAACGCAGAGCUGUCCGCCAGCGCCACCAUGAUGACCAAGAGGUUCCGGCGCCUCAUUUCCUCCACACCACGGAAAAAGAAAGCUGCUCCACAGGUGGAAACAGCAGUUGCCAUGGAAACGGCAUCAGAGGCCGUGCCUGAAGCUCCUCCUGCAGCCGUUCCAGACGCAGGCCCCGGCCCCGUCGAAGCCCCGACCCCGUUAGAGACGGAGGAAGAGGAGGAGGAGGAGGCAGAGGAAGACUGCGUCAGCGCGCUGCAGCUGGUUGGAGAUUACGGCUGUGAGGAAGAGGAAGUGUUUUAGCUCCGCCCACCCUGAACAAACUCCGUCCAGCCAAUCAGAGGCCAGCAGGUCAAUCACCGAUGGAAGAACCAGAACUUAUCAGAACUUUUCACUUUGAGGUGUCUUGGACCCACCCGGAACCAGCAGAACCAGUGUGAGACAGAAAGUGUGUGAGAGACAGGAAGUGUGUGUUGCUGUAUUUUAAUGAUGUCAUGUGCGACCCGAACAGAAUCAUGACCCAGCAGAAACAUUCCAUAAUAAAUGGACUGAAAGUCCAGUCGGUU